UAGCUAGAAAAAUCUCUAUGACAACUUGCAUAGUCAGAAACUGAGUAACAAUAGGGACUGUGUAGUCUUUAGUCUUGGGCUUGUAUAAAAAGGCAGGUGACAGCAGUCAGUCAACAGGCAGAAUCAGCUUCAGCUUCUCCUUUGUGGAACCACUGAGGAUCAGACAACGCAAACAUGAAGGUCACCUUCUUUGAGGACAGGAAUUUUCAGGGUCGCUCUUAUGAGUGUAUGGGCGACUGUGGUGACAUGCACUCUUACAUGAGCCGCUGUCACUCUUGCAGAGUGGACAGUGGCUGCUGGAUGAUGUACGAUCAGCCCAACUACAUGGGCAGUGGAUAUUUCUUCAGGAAGGGAGAGUAUGCUGAUUACAUGUCUAUGUUUGGAAUGAGCAACUGCAUCAGGUCCUGCCGUAUGAUCCCCAUGUACAGGGGAUCCUACAGAAUGAGGAUCUACGAGAGGGAGAACUUCGGAGGUCAGAUGUACGAGAUGAUGGAUGACUGUGACAACAUCAUGGACCGUUACCGCAUGUCUCACUGCCAGUCCUGUCAUGUGAUGGACGGCCACUGGCUCUUUUAUGACCAGCCCCACUACAGAGGCAGGAUGUGGCACUUCGGUCCUGGACAGUACAGGAACUUCAGCAAUUAUGGUGGCAUGAGGUUCAUGAGCAUGAGGCGUAUCAUGGAUUCUUGGUACUAGUGUUUCAAUAAAACAAUUUCUAUACAACACUAAAUAUUGUGUUCUGAAAAUAUUUCCCACUAUCUUAUGGAAAAAUACAAUAAAGUUCAAAAGACAUAUGAAUAAUUUAAAACUACACAUGCCUGUGUGAUAUUCCCUU